AUGGAGAUCUUGUUGGUCCUGCUGAUCCUGGGCCACCUAAUAGUGCUCACCUACGGCCAACCCAUCCUAAGAGCGCCAAAGAGUGUGACAGGGACCCGGAAUGGGGACGUGACAUUACAGUGCAUCUAUACUCCCAUGAGAGGCUACAGUCAAGAGUCUGUGAAAUGGCUGGUACGACAUGGCUCUGAUCCAGUCACCAUCUUCCUACAUGACUCCUCGGGAGACCAUAUCCAACAGGCCAAAUACAGAGGCCGCCUGAAAGUGAGCCAGAAACUUCCAGGGGAUGUGUCUCUCCAACUGAAUUCCCUUCAGAUGGAUGACAGGAGUCACUACACAUGUGAAGUCACCUGGCAGAGCCCAGAGGGAACCCAAGUGAUGAGAGAUGAGAUUAUAGAGCUCCGUGUCCAGAAAUACCCCUCUAAUCCAACUAUAAUCAAUGUUGAAGCACUUACAACCAUGCAAUCCCCCUUGGAAGCAACAACUACAGUGAAUUCAACCUGUGACUGGACCACUAAGGAGAAUGGAAAAUUUACGGAGACCACUAUAGGGAGUGGAAGGAACCUGAAAGUCUUUCUCAUCAUCUGCAUCACCUCCCUUUGCUGCAUAGUGGUUGUCACCACGGCUUAUUUUAUCUUCUGCCACAGGACAUUCCAGCAAGAGUAUGUCUGUGAACUAAACAGGGUGUAUGCCAAGGAGACCAGAAACUCUGGAGAAACCACAGAGGUGACUACCUUCACAAAUGGGUACUUCAGUGACGAACCAGAUUCCCAUGCUCUGAUCAAUGACUAUUUUGAUGAGUCCUUGCCUGGACCAGGAGUACUAGAUAACCACCCAGAUCAACGAUGA